CUGCAAGCAAGUCUUCCGCUGGCCUGCAUCGCUUCCUGGUUCGAGCAAUUGGUCCUGUCUCUCUGCCCCCUACCGUCACCAUGGCCGACACCGAGGUUCCCCAUGCCACCUUCGACACCAUCCUCAUCCUAGACUUCGGGUCUCAAUACACGCAUCUCCUCACCCGGAGACUGCGCGAGAUCAAUGUCUACAGUGAGAUGCUGCCAUGCACUCAGAAGAUCGCCGACCUGCCCUUCAAGCCCAAGGGUAUCAUCCUGUCUGGCGGUCCCUACAGUGUCUACCAGGACGGCGCCCCCCACGCCGACCCCGCCGUCUUUGACCUCGGUGUCCCCAUCCUCGGUAUCUGCUAUGGCCUCCAGGAGAUGGCCUACCGCCUGGGCAAGGACAACGUCGACGCCGGCACCUCCCGCGAGUACGGCCACGCCGACCUCGAGGCCAAGAGACUCGACAAUCAGGGCCACGUCGACAAGCUGUUCGCCGGCCUCGAGGGCCACAUCAAGGUCUGGAUGAGCCACGGCGACAAGCUGGUCAAGCUCCCCGAGGGAUUCCACACCAUCGCCACUACCGCCAACUCCGAGUACGCCGGCAUUGCCCACGCCACCAAGCCCCUCUACGGUGUCCAGUUCCACCCUGAGGUCACCCACACCCCCCUCGGUACCGAGAUCCUCAAGAACUUCGCCGUCAACAUCUGCGAGGCGCAGCAGAACUGGUCCAUGUCCAAUUUCGUGGACCAGGAGAUCGUCCGCAUCCGCAAGCUGGUCGGCGAGACUGACCACGUGCUGGGUGCCGUCAGUGGUGGUGUCGACUCCACCGUGGCCGCCAAGCUCAUGAAGGAGGCCAUCGGCGACCGCUUCCACGCCGUGCUCGUCAACAACGGCUGCAUGCGCCUCAACGAGUGCGCCAUCGUCGAGGAGACCCUCAACAACCACCUGGGCAUCAAUCUGACCGUGGUGGACGCCUCCAAGCGCUUCCUGGACGGCCUCAAGGGCGUGACGGAGCCCGAGCAGAAGCGCAAGUUCAUCGGCGGCACCUUCAUCGACGUCUUCGAGGAGGAGGCCCAGAAGAUCGAGGCCAAGACCGAGCACCAGGGCGCCAAGGUCAAGUGGUUCCUCCAGGGUACCCUGUACCCCGAUGUCAUCGAGAGUAUCUCCUUCAAGGGUCCCUCGGCGACCAUCAAGACCCACCACAACGUGGGUGGUCUGCCCAAGCGCAUGAUGGAGGGCCAGGGCAUGAAGCUGAUCGAGCCUCUCCGCGAGCUGUUCAAGGACGAGGUCCGGGCGCUGGGUCGCCAGCUGGGCAUCGCCCACGAGCUGGUGAUGCGCCACCCCUUCCCGGGCCCCGGCAUUGCCAUCCGUGUCCUGGGUGAGGUCACCCCGGAGCGGGUGGAGAUCGCGCGCAAGGCGGACCACAUCUUCAUCUCGAUGAUCCGCGAGGCGGGUCUGUACGACCAGAUCGCGCAGGCGUACGCCGCCCUGGACCCCAGCAAGGCGGUGGGUGUCAUGGGUGACAACCGGGUUUACGCGGAGAUCAUCAUCCUGCGUGCCGUCGAGACGACCGAUUUCAUGACUGCCAGGGCAUUCCCCUUCGACAACGAGUUUCUGAGCCAGUGCUCGACCCGGAUCAUCAACGAGGUCCACGGCGUGUCCCGUGUUCUGUAUGACAUUUCCAGCAAGCCUCCUGCGACGAUUGAGAUGGAGUAAACGUGUAGUUACGAGCUUAAAGUCUUUCAUAUUUAGAGGAACGGAGUUUCACGGUUCG